CCUUUUGAGAGAGAGAGAGAUGGAGAGAGAAGCAGCAAGGUCACACACGCACGUCUCCAUCAGGCUAUGACCAGCGCUGUAUCUAUAAUUCUGUAUGGAGUAGAACAGGGAUGUCAUGGGCGGCAGCAGCUAGAGAUGCGCUGUGAAUGAUCACGUUGGCGACGCUCCCUUUCCAUUUCUAGAAUCUCGCCCUCGCUGCUCCACCCCCUCUUCCCAGCCGACCUCUUUCUUCCUUCUACACCACCACCACCACCACCAGCGGCAGCUCCAAUCCAAACUGAAACUACAAGUCCCACAAAGAUUAAUUCGGAGUGUGUGAGCUGGUGGUUCUCGCCGAGCCAAGCACAAGGCCAAGAACUGCCUCGCACUUACACGGCGCCCCCUUCUUUGGAUCUUUCAAAAGGAAACGAGAGAGGAGGAGGAGGAAGAAGAGACCAUCAUUGCCACAGCAACAUCAACUGCGUUCGGGGACGGGCUUAAAAGAUCUCACUCUACGUCGGAGCAAAGCAACUGAACUAGACACGGAACUAAUUUGUGGUGGUUGCUAGGAGCCUAGACCGAGGAGGGGGGAGAUGGAGGAUGCAGAGAUCAGGAAGAGCAGAGGCGUCUGCUCGACGGCGCUCUUUCUCAACUGGGUGGGCAGGACAGCUGAACAGGACCAAGAGGAGGAAGAGAAGACGCUCGAGCUCAGCCUUGGGCUCCCCGGAGGAGGCCGCAGGAGGACGGCGUGCAGGGAGAAAGGCAAGCACCCUGCCGUCGACGGCUCCGUCGACCUCUCUCUUGGCUACUCUACGCUUGUCCCCAACUCACAAGGCAAGACAAACGGGUCCCCAGAAGCAGUUACACGGAAUGCACUUGCUGCACCAAACAAUAAUAGCUCCCAGACAAGUUGCAGAUCUCCUGGUGCUCCUGUUGUUGGAUGGCCUCCUGUUCGCGCAUCCAGAAGAAACCUGGCUAGUUCUAGCAGAGCAGCAGCCCUUGAACAACAAAAUGUGAAAAAGGCUGUGAAGGCUGAAGAGACCAAGAGAGCUCCAUUUGUGAAGGUUAACAUGGAUGGUAUCCCUAUUGGUAGGAAGAUUGACCUGAACGCCUUCAAUAGCUACGAGAAGCUUUCUGUAGCUGUCGACAAAUUGUUCCGGCACCUUCUUGCGGCCCAAAGAGAUCCUCGCACAGAGGAGUGUCCUCCGGAAGAGGUGGCAAUAUCUGGUCUACUAGAUGGAACUGGGGAGUACACUCUGGUUUAUGAGGAUUAUGAAGGUGACAGAGUACUGGUUGGAGAUGUUCCAUGGGGAAUGUUCGUUUCAUCAGCGAAGAGGCUGCGAGUGCUGAAGACGUCUGACCUCUCUUCAUCUCUAAUCACUUCAAACCGGAAGAGAACAGCAGCUGAUUGUUGACCUUGUUUUAGAGUUGCUUGGACAGACACUAAGUGGGACGUGCUAUGAAGAAGAAUUGGAUCUUCUGAGCUUGUAUCAUCUUCCGCUCAUUCCUUUGUUGUUGCUCUGACUUGUCGGGCUUCCGUGAUCUUAUGUAACUUGUUGAUUUCCGAAGAAUGACCGGAGAAGUGAUACAAUUGUGCAAUUUAACUUGACUAUAUGGAACUUUUUAGCCCAAAUCAAAUCUACAUUCGUGGACCCUAUCCUUUCAACGGAUGGUCGAUUUGGAUGGACGCC